CCCAUUAAAAUGGAAUCAUGUAUGGAAUAUUGUAAAUUUCUGUUUUUUCUUUUCUCUUUGUACAAUUUCAAAUGAUUCUAUUGGCAGUGGUCAAAUAACAUAAUCUGCUCAUGAUUUUUAGCUUUAAAAUACUUAACAGCGAUUUUCCUUUCAGCCCUUAAAUGCCAUGUCAUACCUGAUAGGUGGACGAAUUUUAUCAUCCUCUCUGGCUUUCCUCAAGCUUUUUGAACCCGUUGUAUUCAUUAUACUGGGAUGUUGCACGGGACUAGGAAUUGAGGUAGGUCACCUUCUCUUUAACGUCUCACAAUUAUCAUAAAAUGUAGAUUUUAAAUUUCUAAUUCUUGGCAUAAGUUACAAAAUUGCCUCAACCAAAUGCUCACACUAUACUGAUAUUAGAUCCAUCUCAGGUGUCGUCUUACCACAUGUUAAUAUGGCUCAUAGCGAGAUUGCUUGGCCACUUCAGCUUAAGCCAUUAAUCAUAACAGAGUAGACUAUGAGCUAAAUUAUCCCCAAGAUUUUACAGUAAAUUUUACUUAUAUGCUUGUUUUCUGUGCAUUGGAUGUUCACUUGAGCUUGAGCCAUGAAUCACAAUAGAGUAGACCGAGUGCUUGCACAUAUUUACCUUUUCUUGAUAAUGUGGCUUACACUUGUCUUUCUAUUGGCAAUGGAUUCACUCGUAUUUUCAAGUUCAACAAACCUAAUCUAUGCUCGCACCUUUUCUAUGGAAGAACAUGGGCAACCUUGUAUUGUAUGUGUAUGGAACUGUAGGUUUAUUUUUUGGGUGAUAGGAAGCAGCUUGAUCCUACGAUGCACAUGGACAUAUAAGUUGUCAGCUCAUCUCCACCACAAUUACCUCACCGUGUUCACCAUCACUGCUUUGGAGAUGUGCCGCCACUUCCAGUGGGUUUUCUUCCACGUGGAAAAUGAGUGGAACAAAAUGAACUCCAGGUCAAAUGCUCCACCCUCUAUUAACAACCUACCAACCUAGGCUGACAAAUUACUUGGAGUUUCAUGACCGCCAUGUAAGGAGCAUCAAAUUGCUGCCUUCACUAACGUAUUCAUCCAAGGUUCAGUUCAGCACAAUUUUGCUACGAUCCUCCAUUCAGUUUGUCACAUGACAUCUGAACAUUUUUUAUGCAUUACAAUUUACAAAGGAUAAGCUGUUUUCUGGUAUUGAAAAUAUGUAGAGGGCUUGAGAACUUCUAUAGGAAGUAAAAUGCACGGACUCUU